ACAUCGUUUUCACUUUUCAUUUUGUAUGGCAGUACAGUCCUUAUAGUUUGCUUCUAUGACGAACAACAGAUGUGAAUCUGAAGUCCAUCAAAUAUAUUUGUACAUGGCUGUUUGAGUGCAAAUGUAUUUCAACAGAUCGAGCGCAUCCAGAACAUGAAUCUUCGGCGGUUAUACGAGGCACGUAAAAUAGAGCUGGAAAACAGAAAUGGUCUUCUUGUGGGAGCAAGAGAGAAAAACCUUUAUCACGGCACAUCAGAGGUGUCCUGCUCAUCCAUCAUGAAGUCAAACUUUAAUCGCAAUUUUGCAGGGCAAAAUGCCACCGUCUAUGGACAUGGGACGUACUUCGCUGUGAACGCCAGCUACUCUGCCCAACCUACCUAUGCAGUUCCUGCAGCAGACGGGACUCAGCUCAUGUUUGUGGCUCGUGUGCUUACGGGUUAUUACACUCAGGGUCAGGGUGACAUGAGGACGCCCCCUGUGCGCGUGGCACCUGACCUCUAUGACAGUGUGGUGGAUAAUAUUCAAAAUCCCUCCAUGUUUGUGGUUUUCCACGAUUGCCAGGCUUAUCCAGACUACCUCAUCACAUUCAAAUGAACUUCUGCAAAAACCAACCCUGGCUUGAAAUCCAGAAGAUUUUUAAACGGUUAUUAGUUAUAUCGUUGAUCUUACAUUAAAAUGUAAUCAUUUAAUGUGAUACUGUUAUGUAGAGGGUUUGAUUUAGUUAGUUACUGCAUACCUUUUUAAGCUUUAUGCCAUAACU